AUGGUAUCUCCUGGUGAGCAAAGUGAAGUUAUAUUACUGUUCGUGGGAGAUAUUUCCUUUGCUGGCCCCAUCAAAUACUAUGUUGACCACAAGUACCAUACGUACAAUGAUACUUUCAAUGACGUGGCUCCAUUCAUCAGAGAGGCGGACAUUUCAGUGGGUAAUUUGGAGUCGCCAUUUGCCAACCAACAUGUUCUUAAUCACCUUUACCGAGGGAGAAAAUCAGUUUUGCUAUAUGCCAUUCCUAAAGCUGCAUCAGCGCUCAGGUUUGCAGGAUUUGAUGUCAUGACUAUUGCCAACAAUCACUUGAACGAUUUAGGCGGUGUAGGAGCCAAUUUUACCACUGAAGUCCUGGAAAAGACGGGUAUAAAGUAUUUUGGAAUAAGUUUGGGAAAAUAUGACUCCUCUCAGGAACCUCUCAUUAUUAAAAGAGACAGAAUCACUAUAGCAUUCCUCGGUUAUUGUGCAAUACCCUCCACAAAGAAAAACUGCAGCGAAAUGAGGAAGUUGUUCAACUCGGGUCCCGCCAUUUAUCACGAUGAUAUCGCUACUAGAGACAUCAGGAGGCUAAAGAAGGCCAAAGUUGACAUUAUAGUCGCUUUCAUGCACUAUGGUCUCCUCCCAAAAGCACAUAAACAAACACCUGAUGUCUUUUGGGGUGGAUAUGAUCAUUGGAGGUCAUCAGCUUGGGGAAUUUUCUUUUUCAUACUAACCAACCACCAAGUGCUGUUGAUCCGGAAAGGAGUCGUGGGAGCAAAGUAUCUUCCACUGAAAGUCGCUUUCGAUGAAGAAAAUAAGCGACUGCACCCUGAACCCACAAAGAACGCAAAAUGGAUCACUAUUGUGUAUGGAGGUUUUGGCAAAAAGCCGAGUGAAGUUGAUAUUGAGUCCUACGAGCAUUACGCCUUUGGAAAUAGCAACGACUUAAGAAUUUCCCGGAUGCUCAAAGUCAACGUUUCAAGGAAAGGUGUGGUUAAUGCAAAGUAUUUGCCUCUUAGAAUCAAAUUUAAUCACAAAACCAAAAGACUUCACCCUGAGCCUGAAAAGAAUGCUCAAUAG